GUAUCAAGUACAUUGAAGGGAAUGGGAAGUCGACAGAAUGUUUUGGCCCGGAGUUGAUACAAAAAUAUGGCUAUUCCUUUCCUACAAUUCCUAAUACGGACUGGUUUUGCUGUUUUCUCGUGUCUUAUUAUCGUACAACACGGACUUAAGAAGAAAUCACUGGAUGUGACCGGCGCAAUUGCCUCUGUAGUAGUAGGGUUUUUGUUGACCUUGAGCAACCUUUGCUUCUUCGCUUCUUGUGCAACGUUCUUCCUCACGAGUUCAAAGCUGACAAGAUUCAAAUCCAACGUCAAGGAGAAAAUAGAAGACGAAUUUAAAAAAGGUUGGUAUCAGAAGUCUUCCCUUUCGGUUCUUUCAGGUGACAAAUGAGUUUUCCGAAACGAACUUGUGAUCAAGCCUUCACAAUAUUAUUUAUUGUGAAAUUGCCACUCAUUACUUAUUUACGUUUCUUGAAAACUCCUUUCGUCUGUCAAAAAUGAUAGGUAGAUUUUAAAAAUAACUGGAAAGACACCGGGAGAAAUCUUUUCAUCAUAAUAAGCUUAACUUCUACUGCGAGGUUCGAAAGUUCACGUAGCCUGAGGUGAAAGUACAAACUAUUUAAACAGAUUGCACAGAUUUAAUGCGGAUUUACGUUAACUUAAUCUUAUACUGUUUUUUAAAAUAAACUUUUUAAUUGAAUGUUUAUGGUUAUCAUUGUUUUGUUUUGUUUUUUUCUGUUGUCGACGUAUCUUCUGAUAGCGCAUGUCAGUGCUAUGGUUAAUACUGAGAAAGCUUAAUGAUAUUGUAUUAAUUUUGGUACCAGCGGAAAUGCUUUCAAGUUCUUUAGUAAAGGCCAUCUAAUCAUUACUGAUUGGUUUUUCAUCAAAAUGCUUGAGCUACAUGAUACAGUCAACUCUUGCCUUGCAGACACCCUGAUAAUACGUACAGCGGCAAAAACAAAUUACAGACGUUUGACUGAACUAUACUCUCUUUAUUACGGACUCUCAGCAAUGAUGACACUAACUCAAGGUCCCAACAGUGUCCCCUGUAAAGGGAGUUGACUGCCCAGGAGGGGCACUUGGGUAUUUUUUGGGUGGGUAUGUGCCACCCGGGGCUCCAAAUUGGCACCCUGUUCUAAAAAAAUUUCCCCCAAAAUUGAUACCCCGUUCUAGAAUGGGAGUUGACUGUAACAGAUUAUGGAAAUUGUUUAGUGGAUUAUCAUGGGAAAAUAAAAAAUAUAUUCAUGCAAAUGAAAAUAUUUAUGACAGAAUGACAUAGGUGAAACAGCAAGGAAACUGGCUACUAGGCUAAAUGAACACCAGAAAUCAAUGUAAGCCUGCGAUCUCAAGUCUGCUAUGUCUGAACACAAGGGUGCAGGCUACUCCAUCAACUGGGCCAGUGUAAAAAUAAUUGGCCGAGAAAACCACCUGCUUUCAUGCACGAUACACGUGGCCUUAAACAUUCAUACUAGGCAACCGGCAAUGAACCAUGAUUAGGGCUACCGCCUUCCCCCAAUUAAUAGGAUAAUUUUGUAGCCUCAUCAAAACGAGGAUGCAAUUUUAUUAACAACCAAUGUCACUAAUGAGGGGAUCAGGAUGGGUUCUAAAAGCUCUGCGUAACUUUGAUGAAUUUGUUGGUGUUGAAGAAUAUUAUUAUUUUCGUUGCAAAAAUAUUUAUGUUCCACUGAUGGCCCUUUUCUAAAACGCUUCCUGUGUUUUGUAAAUCAUAGCACUAUUCUCCUUGGUUGUUUGUAGGAGUUUGUUUUGUUCUCAAAAUGUCUGGUACUAACAAAAUUGGUCCUUAGUCAAAGAAAAUAAAAGUUAACAUAAUUUCUCUUAAUUGCACACAGGAGGAAAUAUAUGGGAUUUUUAUAUUUUAGAGAUUUUUGUUGCCAAGUCCAGGUAUGGCAUCUUCCUAGAAAAAAAAAUCAUUUUAAAAAUAAUUGGCCAAGAAAACCACCUGCUUUCACACAAGAUACUUGUGGCCAUAAACAUUCAUACUCAGCAACCGGCAAUGAACCAUGAUUAGGGCUACCGCCUUCCCCCAAUUUAUAGGAUAAUUUUGUAGCCUCAUCAAAACAAGGAUGCAAUUUAUUAACAACAAAUGUCACUGAUGAGGGGAUCAGGAUGAGUUCCGAAAGCUCUGCGUAACUUUCAUGAAUUUGUUGGUGUUUUGAAGAAUAUCAUUUUCUGUGGAAAAAUAUUUAUGUUCCACUGAUGGCCCUUUUCUAAUUCUCUUCCUGUGUUUUAUAAAACACAGCACUAUUCUCCCUGGUUGUUUGUAAGGGUUUUGUUUUGCUUUCAAAAUGUCUAGCACUAACAAAAUUGGUCCAUAGUCAAAAAACAUAAAAGUUAACAUAAUUACUCUUAAUUGCACACUGGAGGAAAGUAGGUGGGAUUUUUAUUUUUUAGAGAUUUUUCUUGCCAAGUCCCGGUAUGGCAUCUUCCCAGAAAAAAUAAAUCUUCCCGGGUCUUCUCGUCUCAUGACCCGGAAAUGGACAGACCUCAUGGAAAAAUGAGGCCUCAGGACUAGGCCAAGAUUUCUCCAAAUUAUAAGAUCAGUUGGGUAAUCAAAUUCUUUCUGAUGAUUGAUUAUAAAAUUUCAACACUAGUUAUUGUAGAUGAUGUCAUCCAGGUUUGGUUUAUACCAGGCUGGGCUCUAAUCCAAGCAUUAAUUUUAUGGUACUUAUAAAUACCUUUUGACUGCCUCUUGCAGGAGGUCAGAGAAAUUGGAUACAAGUUUUCUGCAAUGGAGGAGUGCCAACACUGCUGGCCCUGUUUUAUAUGAUUGAUGUCGGUAUUGGAGAACAUGCAAUUGACUUUGCAAAGGACUUUACUUCAUCUGUGCUUUCUAUUGCUGUUCUUGGAUCCUUCGCUUGCAGCUGUGGGGAUACAUGGGCAUCAGAAAUAGGAACAGCCAUAAGUUCUCAUGUCCCUGUUCUUAUAACAACAUUCACUAAAGUCCCUGUAGGAACCAAUGGUGGCAUCACUAUAACUGGAACUGUCGCAAGUGUUCUUGGUGGAACUGUGAUUGGAGUUGCUUAUUAUUUAUCAUUGGUAUCAAUAUUGGCAGUGCGCAGGAUCACAGUGAUUACCCCACAAUGGCCAGUCAUAGUAAUGGGUUGUUUAGGAGGCUUUCUUGGAUCUGUGUAUGACUCAUUACUGGGUGCAACUUUGCAGUACUCUGGAUAUUGUUCAGUAAGGAAACGUGUUGUUAACAAACCUUCCCCUAGCACAAAACACAUUUCAGGAAGAUCCAUCCUUGAUAACCAUGCUGUCAACCUUGUGUCAAGUCUUCUUACAAGUAUCACAAUGCCCUUCAUCGGCUACUUUUUAUGGAAAGCAAUUGAUGACCAAUAUUAGGAUUGUGUUAUGACUGAUGCCACAACGAAAUCAGUUGAUUUGAUAUCCAAGUGGAUACAUGGCAGAUCAAUCUCUGAAGAAAAAAAGAAAACCACUGCAGUGAUGAAAUAUACAACAUGUUUUUUUACAAUUUGGAAAGUAACUUAUUUCCAGUGACAGUUUUGACGCUUUCCGUUUUCCUGCCGUUUCCAUGGUGGAAAUGAAAAGUUAUGGGAGAUCGUUGCAAGUUCUCCCUAUUUUUUCCCACCCCUUGCACGCGCGUCUCCUUUUGCGUGACUUCUCAUGACUCCCCUAAAUGCAGAGCUUGCUCGCAGGCUAUGUUAGCUGUUUUAUCAGGCUACAGUGUACUUAAACUUGGCCAUGUCAGUGAAACAGCACUGAAGGCAAACGCACAAAGGGUCUUUACUAAAAUCCAAAAAUGGAUUAUUGUUCCAAAUGAUCCACAACAGAGGUGGAUACUUUGGAUCCUAUCCAAAACCAGAUACUUUGGAAACAUGAUCUAAAGCAUUUCUUUACUACAAAUACAAAAAAGUGAAUACUGCCAGCAGUUACUUGAAACAAAUACAAUUUAAUACAUAUAUCAGCUGUUUGACUACUCUUCUCGUCUUUACGGCCAUUUUUGAACCCAAGGCAUGGAUUAAUGGAUUGAUUUUAUCCGUUUUAUCAGGGUGGUAAAAUCACAAUACAAACAAGACCUGCAUUAUUGUAGUUCACAAGGCUGACGAAACUGCUACACUGAACUUUGCUGGGGCAUCUUGCAAGACUUUACUUUUCCAGUACAUAUCUUAUUGCAAGACUCAUCUUCAUUUGGCCUGUCUGACUCAAACACUAUCCUUGAGCUAAUCGUCCAGAAUACAAUGAAAGACCAGCAAUCUUGCAACAUUUUCAGGAGCAGUUUCUUCUCUUAACAAAAAGUCAUAAUGAUCCAGAUUUUUUAUGUGAUCUUGGAUUUUAGUAAAGAACAUUACUAACCCUAUGAGGUUAUGACAAGUCCACAGCUCCAAGUCUUCUGUCUUAAAAUUUGACCAGAAAUGUGUCAGCACUUUGAAAACAUCUCUAAUAUUCUAAGUCAUGUCUAUAUUACUAUCUAAAUUUUCCUUUAACCUCAACUCUGAGAGUCAAGAAAAAGUCAGCUUAAAAUUUUACCUCAUGAAUUUUCUGCACUCCAAAAAAAUUUAUUACAGACAAAACUGAGUGGUUCAAUAAAAAAAAUAUUACUCUAUUUUUAAACGAGAAGGACUGGAUUAUUCAUAUUUGGUGCUCUGGUAUUAUUUAUACAAAGUUAAAUAUGGUUGAAGAAGCCAUUAUGGCUAAACCAAGGUAUAAAUAUAUUUUGUUAAACCUGGUGUUGUUUAGAAGUGUGAUAUCAUCUUAAAAUCAUCAUCUUAAAAGAGACAUUUUUUUGAGUAUUUAAUUGCAUGUCAUAUAUAUUAGUAUAGUACACACGCAGUUAGUUAUUUAAUGUCAAAACUACCUGUGUUGAUGUGUUAAAUCAAGAAAAUAAAACUCUGUUUUUAAGCUUUAA